AAGGUGGGGGGCUCGAAGCCGCCGAGGGCGAGCGCUCGGGGUCGAGGAGCCCGGCGCUGGGUGUGUGUCAGGUUCAGCCCUGCGGCCCCGCCGUCUCCGCGUCGUCGUAGCUCGCGCGGCCCCGGGGCGCCGGCCCGGGCGGGGAGAGGGGCUCGGUGCUCCUGCGAGGGUCUCACGUUCCAUCCGGGCCCGGCGCGGGGCGGCGCGGCAUUCCUUCCGGGCUGCUGGGGAGGCGCCUCGACGUUCCAUCUGGAGAACCUCGACGUUCCGCCCGAGCCCAGCGCGGGCGGCUUGGCCCUAGGACUGAGAGGCCGCCCGACGACGCGGAUGCGGAGCCUGCUCGCCCAAGAUCAAAGCCACCGGUGCUCUCUUUGUGUCCGCUCGAGAUUCGCCGCCCUCGGGCUGUCCAUGGAAACCUAAACUGCUGGAACCUGAAGCAUAGAACCCCUCUUUGGCUUCUUGCUUUUUUUGGAGGGGAGGGUGGCCACUCCGACCUGGAUUUACCGUUCUUGGCCCCCUUAAGCCCCCCCGUGCGGGGGGCGGCUGUGAUCGCUCUGGCGGUUGGAGGUCGGGGAGCGGCCCGGGCUCUGGCCAUGUUCUCGGAUGAGGAUUUCUGGAUCGCCCUGUGAAGAGGUCUCCCCGAGAGGGCCCUGCCCAGUCGGAGAGAGGGAUGGACAGCCAGAAGCCGCCUGGUGAGGAUAAAGAUUCAGAACCGGCAGCUGAUGGACUUGCAGCCUCUGAGGAGUCAGGCGCCACUGAGGCAGACCUUCCCAACCCACAUGUGGUGGAGGUCUCUGUGCCCAGUUCUGGGGGUCCCAGGCUUCAGGAGCCUCCCCAGGACUGCAGUGGGGGUCCAGUGCGGCGUUGUGCUCUCUGUAACUGCGGGGAGCCCAGUCUGCAUGGGCAGCGGGAGCUACGGCGCUUUGAGUUGCCAUUUGACUGGCCCCGGUGUCCAGUGGUGUCCCCUGGGGGGAACCCAGGGCCCAAUGAGGCAGCACUGCCCAGUGAGGACCUAUCACAGAUUGGUUUCCCUGAGGGCCUGACACCUGCCCACCUAGGAGAACCUGGAGGGUCCUGCUGGGCUCACCAUUGGUGUGCUGCGUGGUCGGCUGGCGUAUGGGGGCAGGAAGGCCCAGAACUAUGUGGUGUGGACAAGGCCAUCUUCUCAGGGAUCUCACAGCGCUGCUCCCACUGCACCAGGCUUGGUGCCUCCAUCCCUUGCCGCUCACCUGGAUGUCCACGGCUUUACCACUUCCCCUGUGCAACUGCCAGCGGUUCCUUCUUAUCCAUGAAAACACUGCAGCUGCUAUGCCCGGAGCACAGCGAGGGUGCCGCACAUCUGGAGGAGGCUCGUUGUGCAGUAUGUGAGGGGCCAGGGGAAUUGUGUGACCUGUUCUUCUGUACUAGCUGUGGGCAUCACUAUCAUGGGGCUUGCCUGGACACUGCUCUGACUGCCCGCAAGCGUGCUGGCUGGCAGUGCCCUGAAUGCAAAGUGUGCCAAGCCUGCAGGAAACCUGGGAAUGACUCUAAGAUGUUGGUCUGUGAGACAUGUGACAAAGGAUACCAUACCUUCUGCCUAGAACCACCUAUGGAGGAACUGCCUGCUCACUCUUGGAAGUGCAAGGCAUGCCGGGUAUGCCGGGCCUGUGGGGCAGGCUCAGCAGAGCUGAAUCCUAACUCUGAGUGGUUUGAGAACUACUCAAUCUGUUACCGCUGUCACAAAGCCCAGGGAGGACAGCCUAUCAGUUCCGUUACUGAGCAGCAUCCUGCUGUCUGUUGUAGAUUCUCACCCCCAGAGCCUGGCGAUCCCCCCACUGAUGAGCCCGAUGCUCUGUACGUUGCAUGCCAAGGGCAGCCAAAGGGUGGGCACGUGACCUCUAUGCAACCCAAGGAACCGGGGCCCCUGCAAUGUGAAGCCAAACCACUAGGGAGAGCAGGAGCCCAACUUGAGCCCCAUUUGGAGGCCCCCCUAAAUGAGGAGAUGCCACUGCUGCCCCCACCGGAGGAGUCACCCCUGUCCCCACCACCUGAGGAAUCACCCACAUCCCCGCCGCCUGAGGCAUCGCGUCUGUCCCCACCGCCUGAGGAAUCACCCCUCUCUCCACCGCCUGAGGAGUCUCCUCUGUCUCCCCCACCUGAAUCACCAUCACCUUUUUCUCCACUGGAGGAGUCGCCCUUUUCUCCACCAGAGGAGUCACCCCCGUCUCCUCCACUUGAGACACCCCUCUCCCCACCACCUGAAGCAUCACCCCUGUCUCCACCAUUUGAGGAGUCUCCCCUGUCGCCCCCACCCGAGGAAUUGCCCACUUCCCCACCACCUGAAGCAUCUCGCCUGUCUCCACCACCUGAGGAGUCACCCAUGUCCCCUCCACCUGAAGAGUCACCCAUGUCUCCACCACCUGAGGCAUCACGUCUGUUCCCACCAUUUGAAGAAUCACCGCUGUCCCCUCCACCAGAGGAGUCUCCCCUCUCCCCACCACCUGAGGCAUCACGCCUUUCCCCACCUCCUGAGGACUCACCCAUGUCCCCACCACCUGAAGACUCACCUAUGUCCCCUCCACCUGAGGUAUCACGCCUAUCCCCCUUGCCUGAGUUGUCACGCCUGUCCCCACCACCUGAGGAAUCUCCUCUGUCCCCACCACCUGAGGAGUCUCCUACUUCCCCUCCACCUGAGGCUUCACGCCUAUCCCCACCACCUGAGGAUUCACCCACAUCCCCACCACCUGAAGACUCACCUGCUUCCCCGCCACCAGAGGACUUGCUCAGGUCUGCACCGCUGGAGGAGUCCCCCCUGUCGCCACUGCCUGAGGAGCCACAUCUGUCCCCAGUGCCUGAGGAGCCACGCCUAUCCCCUACGCCUGAGGAGCCGCGCCUGUCCCCCCGGCCCGAGGAGCCUCAUCUCUCCCCCCAGCCUGAGGAGCCUCAUCUCUCUCCCCGGCCUGAGGAGCCGCGCCUGUCCCCCCGGCCUGAGGACCCGCGCCUGUCCCCCCGGCCUGAGGAGCUGCGCCUGUCCCCCCGGCCUGAGGAGCUGCGCCUGUCCCCCCGGCCUGAGGAGCUGCGCCUGUCCCCCCGACCUAAGGAGCUGUACCUGUCCCCCCGGCCUGCAGAGCUGCGCCUGUCUCCUGCACCAGACGAACUGCUUAUGUCGCCCCAGCCUGAGGAACUGUGCCUAACCCCUGCACCUGAGGAGCUGCACCUGUCCUCCCAGCCUGAGGAACUGCACCUGUCCCCCAUGCCUGAGGAGCCACAGCCAUCUCUGGUGCCUGAGGAGCUGCGCCUGGCUUGCCAGCCUGAGGAACCACGCCUGUUCCCCCAGCCUGAGGAGCUACACCUGUCCCCCCAGGCUGAGGAGCUACAUCUGUCCCCUCAGCCCAAGGAACCACACCUGUCCCCUCAACCUGAAGAGCCCCUUGAGGAGCCAGGCCUAUGCUCUGCACGUGAGGAAUUGCCCUUGUUCCUCCCACCUGGGGAGCCACCCUUAUCCCCCUUGCUUGGAGAGCCGGCCCUGUCUGAGCCUGGGGAACCACCUCUGUCACCUCUGCCUGAGGAGCUGCCGUUGUCCCCAUCUAGGGAGCCUUCCUUGUCACCUCAGCUAAUGCCACCAGAUUCUCUUCCUCCUCCGCUCUCACCCAUCAUCACAGCUGCAGCUCCACCAGCCCUCUCUCCUUUGGGGGAGUUAGAGUACCCCUUUGGUGCCAAGGGGGACAGUGACCCUGAGUCACCAUUGGCAGCCCCCAUCCUAGAGACACCCAUUAGCCCUCCACCGGAAGCUAACUGCACCGACCCUGAGCCUGUGCCCCCUAUGAUCCUUCCCCCAUCUCCAGGCUCCCCAAUGGGGCUGACCUCUCCCAUCCUGAUGGAGCCCCUUCCCCCUCAGUGUUCUCCACUCCUCCAGCGUUCCCUGCCUCCCCAGAACUCCCCUCCUUCCCAGUGCUCUCCUCCUGCUCUGCCACUGUCCAUCCCCUCCCCACUGAGUCCCAUGGAGAAGGCAGUGGAGGUCUCAGAUGAGGCUGAGCCACCUGAGAUGGAGACUGAGAAAGUCUCUGAACCUGAAUGCCCAGCCUUGGAGCCCAGCCCUACUAGUCCUCUCCCCUCCCCCCUGGAGAACCUUUCCUGCCCUGCGCCCAGCCCUGCCCCAGCCCUGGAUGACUUCUCUGGCCUGGGUGAAGACACAGCCCCUCUGGAUGGGACUGACACUCCUGAUUCCCAGCCAGAGGCUGGGCAGACCCCUGGCAGUUUGGCUAGUGAACUUAAGGGUUCCCCUGUGCUCCUGGACCCCGAGGAGCUGGCCCCUGUGACCCCUAUGGAGGUCUAUGGCCCAGAAUGCAAGCAGACAGGGCAGGGCUCACCCUGUGAAGAGCAAGAGGAGCCACAUGCACCAGUAGCCCCUACUCCACCUGCUCUCAUCAAAUCUGACAUCGUUAAUGAGAUCUCCAAUCUGAGCCAGGGCGAUGCCAGUGCCAGUUUCCCUGGUUCGGAGCCCAUGCUGGGCUCUCCUGACCCUGAGGGGGGUGGCUCCUUAUCUAUGGAGUUGGGGGUAUCUACAGAUGUUAGUCCUGCCCGAGAUGAAGGCUCCCUUCGGCUCUGUACUGACUCUCUGCCAGAGACUGAUGACUCGCUGUUGUGUGAUACUGGGACAGCUGUCAGUGGAAGCAAAGCUGAGGGGGACAAAGGGAGGCGGCGCAGCUCCCCGGCUCGUUCCCGCAUUAAACAGGGUCGCAGCAGUAGUUUCCCAGGAAGACGCCGGCCACGUGGAGGAGCACAUGGAGGACGUGGGAGAGGACGGGCCCGGCUAAAAUCAACCACUUCUUCCAUUGAGACUCUGGUAGUUGCUGAUAUCGAUAGCUCUCCCAGCAAGGAAGAAGAAGAUGAUGAUGACGACACCAUGCAAAAUACUGUGGUUCUCUUCUCCAACACAGACAAGUUUGUCCUAAUGCAGGACAUGUGUGUGGUAUGUGGCAGCUUUGGCCGGGGGGCAGAGGGCCACCUCCUUGCCUGUUCCCAGUGUUCACAGUGCUAUCAUCCAUACUGUGUCAACAGCAAGAUCACCAAGGUGAUGCUGUUAAAGGGCUGGCGUUGCGUGGAGUGCAUCGUGUGUGAGGUGUGCGGCCAGGCCUCAGACCCCUCACGCCUGCUGCUCUGUGAUGACUGUGACAUUAGCUACCACACGUACUGCUUGGACCCCCCACUGCUCACCGUGCCGAAGGGCGGCUGGAAGUGCAAGUGGUGUGUGUCAUGUAUGCAGUGUGGGGCCGCCUCCCCUGGCUUCCACUGUGAAUGGCAGAAUAGUUACACACACUGUGGGCCUUGUGCCAGCCUGGUGACCUGCCCUAUCUGUCAUGCCCCAUAUGUGGAAGAGGACCUUCUGAUCCAGUGCCGCCAUUGUGAACGGUGGAUGCAUGCCGGCUGCGAGAGCCUUUUCACGGAGGAUGAUGUGGAGCAGGCAGCUGAUGAGGGCUUUGACUGUGUCUCCUGCCAGCCUUACGUGGUAAAGCCUGCUGCUCCUGUUGCACCUCCAGAGUUGGUGCCUAUGAAGGUGAAAGAGCCAGAGCCCCAGUACUUUCGCUUCGAGGGUGUGUGGCUGACAGAAACUGGCAUGGCUGUCCUGCGUAACCUUACCAUGUCACCCCUACACAAGCGGCGCCAGCGGCGAGGACGGCUUGGCCUCCCAGGAGAGGCUGGGCUGGAAGGUUCUGAGCCCUCAGAUGCCCUUGGUCCUGAUGACAAGAAGGACGGGGACCUGGACACCGAUGAGCUACUCAAGGGUGAAGCUGGUGUGGAGCACAUGGAAUGUGAAAUUAAACUGGAGGGCCCCGUCAGCCCCGACGUGGAGCCUGGCAAGGAAGAGACAGAGGAGAGCAAAAAACGCAAACGAAAACCCUAUAGGCCUGGCAUUGGUGGCUUCAUGGUGCGACAGCGGAAAUCCCACACACGUGUGAAAAAGGGGCCUGCUGCACAGGCGGAGGUGUUGAGUGGGGAUGGGCAGCCCGACGAGGGUGAGACGGCGAUGCCUGCUGACCUGCCAGUAGAGGGCUCUAUAGACCAGAGCUUAGCUGAUGUGGAUGAGAAAAAGAAGCAGCAGCGGCGAGGGCGCAAGAAGAGCAAACUAGAGGACAUGUUUCCUGCGUACCUGCAGGAGGCCUUCUUUGGGAAGGAGCUGCUGGACCUGAGCCGAAAAGCCCUUUUUGCUGUUGGAGUGGGCCGUCCAAGCUUUGCACUCGGAACCCCGAAAGUCAAGGGGGAUGGAGGCUCAGAUAGGAAGGAGCUCCCCACCUUACAGAAAGGAGAUGAUGGUGCAGAGGUUGCAGAUGAAGAAUCUCGUGGCCCUGAAGGCAAAGCUGAUACCCCAGGUCCUGAGGAUGGGGGUGUAAAGGCAUCCCCAGUGCCCAGUGACCCCGAGAAACCAAGCACCCCAGGAGAGGGGAUGCUUAGCUCAGACUUAGACAGGAUUCCCACAGAAGAGCUGCCCAAGAUGGAAUCCAAGGACUUGCAGCAGCUCUUUAAGGAUGUUCUGGGUUCCGAACGAGAGCAGCAUCUGGGUUGUGGAACCCCUGGCCUAGAUGGCAGCCGCACACCACUGCAGAGGCCCUUUCUUCAAGGUGGACUUCCUUUGGGCAAUCUCCCCUCCAGCAGCCCAAUGGACUCCUACCCGGGCCUCUGCCAGUCCCCAUUCUUGGAUUCUAGGGAGCGCGGGGGCUUCUUUAGCCCGGAACCUGGUGAACCAGACAGCCCCUGGACAGGCUCAGGGGGCACUACGCCCUCCACCCCUACUACACCCACCACAGAGGGUGAGGGCGAUGGGCUGUCCUAUAACCAGCGGAGUCUUCAGCGCUGGGAGAAGGAUGAGGAGUUGGGCCAACUCUCCACCAUCUCGCCUGUGCUCUAUGCCAACAUUAACUUUCCCAAUCUCAAGCAAGAUUACCCAGACUGGUCUAGCCGUUGCAAACAAAUAAUGAAGCUCUGGAGGAAAGUUCCAGCUGCUGACAAAGCCCCCUACCUGCAAAAGGCCAAAGAUAACCGGGCAGCUCACCGCAUCAACAAGGUGCAAAAGCAGGCGGAGAGCCAGAUCAACAAACAGACCAAGGCGGGCGACAUGGCCCGUAAGACUGACCGACCGGCCCUACAUCUCCGCAUUCCCCCCCAGCCAGGGGCACUGGGCAGUCCGCCCCCUGCUGCGGCCCCCACCAUUUUCAUUGGCAGCCCCACUACCCCCGCCGGCUUGUCUACCUCUGCGGACGGGUUCCUGAAGCCGCCGGCGGGCACAGUGCCCGGCCCCGACUCGCCCGGUGAGCUCUUCCUCAAGCUCCCACCCCAGGUGCCUGCCCAAGUGCCUUCGCAGGACCCCUUUGGACUGGCCCCUGCCUACACUCUGGAGCCCCGCUUCCCUACGGCACCACCCACCUAUCCUCCCUUUCCUAGUCCAACUGGGGCCCCCGCACAGCCCCCAACGCUGGGCGCCUCAUCUCGUCCUGGGACUGGCCAGCCAGGGGAAUUCCACACUACCCCUCCUGGCACUCCCCGACACCAGCCCUCCACACCCGACCCCUUUCUCAAACCCCGUUGCCCCUCAUUGGACAACCUGGCUGUGCCUGAGAGCCCUGGGGUAGGGGGUGGCAAGGCUUCUGAGCCCCUGCUGUCACCCCCACCUUUUGGGGAGUCUCGGAAAGCCCUAGAGGUGAAGAAGGAAGAGCUUGGGGCAUCCUCUCCUAGCUAUGGGCCCCCAAACCUGGGCUUUGUUGACUCACCCUCCUCAGGCCCCCACCUGGGCAGCCUGGAGUUAAAGGCACCUGAUGUCUUCAAAGCCCCCCUGACCCCUCGGGCAUCUCAGGUAGAGCCCCAGAGCCCAGGCUUGGGCCUAAGGCCCCAGGAGCCAUCCCCUGCCCAGGGUUUGGCCCCUUCUCCCCCUAGCCACUCGGAUAUCUUUCGCCCUGGCCCCUACCCUGACCCUUACACUCAGCCCCCAUUGACCCCUCGCCCCCAACCCCCACCCCCUGAGAGCUGCUGUGCCCUGCCCCCUCGAUCACUGCCCUCUGACCCUUUCUCCCGAGUGCCUGCUAGUCCCCAGUCCCAAUCCAGCUCCCAGUCCCCACUGACACCCCGUCCUCUGUCUGCUGAGGCUUUCUGCCCAUCCCCUGUGACUCCUCGCUUCCAGUCCCCUGACCCUUAUUCCCGCCCGCCCUCUCGCCCUCAGUCCCGUGACCCAUUUGCCCCAUUGCAUAAGCCACCCCGACCCCAGCCCCCUGAAGUUGCCUUUAAGUCUGGGCCUCUAGCCCACACUCCACUGGGGGCUGGGGGCUUCCCAGCAGCCCUGCCCUCAGGGCCGGCAGGUGAGCUCCAUGCCAAGGUCCCAAGUGGGCAGCCCCCCAAUUUCGCCCGGUCCCCUGGGACGGGUGCGUUUGUGGGCACCCCUUCUCCCAUGCGUUUCACUUUCCCUCAGGCAGUAGGGGAGCCUUCUUCCCUAAAGCCUUCUGUCCCUCAGCCUGGUCUCCCUCCACCCCACGGGAUCAACAGCCAUUUUGGGCCCGGCCCUACUUUGGGCAAGCCUCAAAGCACAAACUACUCAGUAGCCACAGGAAACUUCCACCCAUCGGGUAGCCCCCUGGGACCCAGCACGGGGUCCACAGGAGAGGGCUAUGGGCUGUCCCCGCUGCGCCCCCCGUCAGUUCUACCACCACCUGCACCCGAUGGGUCCCUUUCCUACCCACCCCACGGAGCCUCACAGCGGGUUGGCAUCACCUCUCCAGUCGAUAAGCGAGAAGACCCAGGGGCUGGAAUGGCCAGCUCUUUGGCGGCACCUGAACUUCCAGGUACCCAAGACCCAGGCGUCUCCAGCCUCAGCCAGACAGAGCUAGAGAAGCAACGGCAGCGCCAGCGACUACGGGAGCUGCUGAUUCGGCAACAGAUCCAGCGUAACACCCUGCGGCAGGAGAAGGAAACAGCUGCAGCAGCUGCAGGAGCAGUAGGCCCCCCGGGCAGCUGGGGUGCUGAGCCCAGCAGCCCUGCCUUUGAGCAGCUGAGUCGAGGCCAGACCCCCUUCACUGGGACCCAGGAUAAGAGCAGCCUUGUAGGGCUGCCCCCAAGCAAGCUGGGUGGCCCCAUCCUAGGGCCCGGGGCUUUCCCCAGUGAUGACCGACUCUCCCGGCCACCUCCACCAGCCACCCCUUCCUCUAUGGAUGUGAAUAGCAGGCAACUGGUGGGAGGCUCCCAAGCCUUCUAUCAGCGAGCACCCUAUCCUGGGUCCCUGCCCUUACAGCAGCAGCAGCAACACCUGUGGCAGCAGCAGCAGCAAGCAACAGCAGCAAACUCCAUGAGACUUGCCAUGUCUACUCGCUUUACAUCAACUCCUGGGCCUGAACUUGGCCGCCAGGCCCUAGGUUCCCCCUUGGCAGGACUUCCCACCCGCCUGCCUGGCCCUGGCGAGCCAGUGCCUGGUCCAGCUGGCCCUGCCCAGUUCAUUGAGCUGCGGCACAAUGUACAGAAAGGACUAGGACCUGGGGGGACUCCGUUUCCUGGUCAGGGUGCCCCUCAGAGACCCCGUUUUUACCCUGUGAGUGAGGACUCCCACCGACUGGCUCCUGAAGGGCUUCGUGGUCUGGCAGUAUCAGGCCUUCCCCCGCAGAAACCCUCAGCCCCAACGGAACUGAACAAUAGCCUCCAUCCAGCAUCCCACACCAAGGCUCCCACCCUCCCCACUGGCUUGGAGCUGGUAAGCCGGCCUCCCUCGAGCACUGAGCUUGGCCGCCCCCUUCCGCUGGCCUUGGAAGCUGGGAAGUUACCCUGUGAGGACCCUGAGCUGGAUGAUGACUUUGAUGCCCACAAGGCCCUAGAGGAUGACGAGGAGCUUGCUCACCUGGGCCUGGGUGUGGAUGUGGCCAAGGGAGAUGAUGAGCUGGGCACCCUGGAAAACCUGGAGACCAAUGAUCCCCACCUGGAUGACCUGCUCAAUGGGGAUGAGUUUGACCUUCUGGCCUAUACUGACCCUGAGUUGGACACCGGGGACAAAAAGGACAUCUUCAAUGAGCACCUGAGGCUGGUCGAGUCAGCCAAUGAAAAGGCUGAGCGGGAGGCCCUGUUGCAGGGCGUAGAGCCAGGGGUCCUGGGCCCGGAGGAGCGCCCUGUCCCUGCUGCUGAUACAUCUGAGCCCCGCCUGGCACCAGUGCUCCCUGAGGUGAAGCCCAAGGUGGAGGAGGGUGGGCGCCACCCUUCCCCUUGCCAGUUCACCAUCACCACCCCCAAGGUCGAGCCAGCACCUGCCACCACUUCCCUAGGCCUGGGGCUGAAGCCCGGACAGAGUGUGAUGGGCAGCCGGGACGCACGGAUGGGCACAGGACCCUUUUCCAGCAGUGGGCACACAGCUGAAAAGGGCCCCUUUGGAGCCUCAGGAGGGCCGCCAGCUCACCUGCUGACCCCUAGCCCACUGAGUGGCCCAGGAGGGUCCUCCCUGCUGGAAAAGUUUGAGAUAGAGAGCGGGGCCCUUACCUUGCCCGGUGGACAUGCAGCAUCUGGGGAUGAGCUGGACAAGAUGGAGAGCUCACUGGUAGCCAGUGAGUUACCCCUGCUCAUUGAGGACCUGCUGGAGCAUGAGAAGAAGGAGCUGCAGAAGAAGCAGCAGCUUUCAGCACAGCUGCAGCCUGCCCAGCAGCAGCAGCAACAGCAGCACUCUCUACUAUCCACACCAGGCCCUGCCCAGGCCAUGUCUUUGCCGCAUGAGGGCUCUUCUUCCAGUUUGGCUGGGCCCCAGCAACAACUUGCCCUGGGACUUGGAGGUUCCCGACAACCAGGCUUAGCCCAACCACUGAUGCCCACCCAGCCCCCAGCACAUGCCCUUCAGCAGCGCCUGGCCCCAUCCAUGGCCAUGGUGUCAAACCAAGGGCAUAUGCUAAGUGGGCAGCAUGGAGGGCAGGCAGGCUUGGUGCCCCAGCAGAGCCCACAGCCAGUGCUGGCACAGAAGCCCAUGGGUACCAUGCCACCCUCCAUGUGCAUGAAACCCCAGCAGUUGGCGAUGCAGCAGCAGCUGGCUAACAGCUUCUUCCCAGAUACAGACCUGGACAAAUUUGCUGCAGAAGAUAUCAUUGAUCCCAUUGCAAAGGCCAAGAUGGUAGCUUUGAAAGGCAUCAAGAAGGUAAUGGCUCAGGGCAGCAUUGGAGUGGCACCUGGUAUGAACAGGCAGCAAGUGUCCUUGCUAGCCCAGAGGCUCUCAGGGGGGACCGGCAGUGAUCUGCAGAACCACGUGGCAGCUGGGAGUAGCCAGGAGCGGAAUGCCAGUGAUCCCUCCCAGGCUCGUCCCAAUCCACCCACUUUUGCCCAGGGAGUGAUCAAUGAGGCUGACCAGCGGCAGUAUGAGGAGUGGCUGUUCCAUACCCAACAGCUCCUACAGAUGCAGCUGAAGGUGUUAGAGGAGCAGAUUGGUGUGCACCGCAAGUCCCGGAAGGCUCUAUGUGCCAAGCAGCGUACUGCCAAAAAGGCUGGCCGGGAGUUCCCAGAGGCUGAUGCUGAGAAGCUCAAGCUCGUUACAGAGCAGCAGAGCAAGAUCCAGAAACAGCUGGAUCAGGUCCGGAAGCAGCAGAAGGAGCACACGAAUCUAAUGGCAGAAUAUCGGAAUAAGCAGCAGCAACAGCAGCAGCAGCAGCAGCAACAGCAACAUUCAGCCGUGUUGGCCCUUAGCCCUUCCCAGAGUCCUCGGCUACUCACCAAGCUCCCUGGUCAGCUGCUCCCUGGCCAUGCGCUGCAGCCACCACAGGGGCCCCCCGGCGGGCAAGCUGCAAGUCUUCGCCUGCCCCCAGGGGGCAUGGCACUACCUGGCCAGCCUGGCGGGCCCUUCCUCAACACCACCCUGGCCCAACAGCAGCAACAGCAACAUUCUGGUGGGGCUGGAGCCCUAGCUGGCCCCUCAGGGGGCUUUUUUCCUGGCAAUCUUGCUCUUCGUGGCCUGGGAACUGACUCGAGACUUUUGCAGGAAAGGCAGCUGCAGCUGCAGCAACAGCGCAUGCAACUUGCCCAGAAACUUCAGCAGCAGCAGCAGCAGCAGCAGCACCUCCUAGGACAGGUGGCAGUUCAACAACAGCAGCAGGGCCCAGGGGUACAGGCAAACCAGGCUCUGGGUACCAAAUCCCAGGGGCUUCUGCCUUCCAGCAGCCAUCAGGGCCUCUUGGUCCAGCAGCUGUCCCCUCAACCACCCCAGGGGCCCCAGGGCAUGCUGGGCCCUGCCCAGGUAGCAGUGUUGCAGCAGCAGCAACAGCAGCAGCAGCAGCAACAGCAUCCUGGAGCUUUGGGCUCCCAAGGUCCUCACAGGCAGGUGCUUCUGACCCAGUCCCGGGUGCCGAAUUCCCCUCAGUUGGCACAGCAGAAUCAGGGCCCUAUGGGACACCGGCUGGUCACAGCCCAGCAGCAGCAGCAGCAGCAGCAGCAGCAGCAGCAACAGCAACAGCAGCACCAACAGCAGGGAUCCAUGGCAGGACUUUCUCAUCUUCAGCAGGGUCUGUUGCCACAUAGUGGGCAGCCCAAACUUAGCUCUCAGCCAAUGUCGUCCUUACAGCAACAGCAACUACAACAGCAGCUACAACAGCAACAGCAGCAGCUACAGCAGCAGCAGCAGCAGCUACAACAGCAGCAGCAGCUACAGCAGCAGCAGCAGCAGCUACAGCAGCAGCAGCAGCAGCUACAGCAGCAGCAACAGCUACAGCAGCAGCAGCAGCUACAGCAGCAGCAGCAGCAGCAGCUACAACAGCAGCAGCAGCAGCAGCUACAACAGCAGCAGCAACAGCAGCAGCAGAUAGGCCUCUUAAAUCCAAGUCGAACUUUACUGUCUCCUCAGCAGCAGCAGCAGCAGCAACAGCAGCAGCAACAGCAGCAGCAGCAGGUGACACUUGGUCCUGGAAUGCCAGCCAAGCCUCUGCAACACUUUUCUAGCCCUGGAGCCCUGGGCCCAACCCUUCUCCUGGCAGGCAAGGAGCAAAGCAUUGUAGAGACCGCUCUUCCUCCAGAGGCCACUGAGGUACCCUCCACACAUCAGGGAGGGCCAGGAGCAAUAGGGACUGUACCUGAGGCAGUAGCCGUUGAACCAGGGGAAGUAAAGCCCUCACUCUCGGGGGACUCACAACUCCUGCUUGUCCAACCCCAGGCCCAGCCUCAGCCCAACUCUGUGCCGCUGCAGCCACCUCUGAGGCUCCCAGGACAGCAGCAGCAGCAGCAGCAGCAGCAGCAGCAAGUAAACUUGCUCCACACAGCAGGUGUGGGAAGCCAUGGGCAACCAAACAGUGGAUCAUCUUCAGAGGCCUCUUCUAUGCCACACCUGCUGGCCCAAUCCUCUGUUUCCUUAGGGGAGCAGUCUGGGCCCAUGACUCAGAACCUUCUGGGCUCACAACAGCCCCUUGGACUAGAGCGGCCCUUGUCAAAUAAUGCAGGGCCACAGUCUGCCAAACUGGGAUCUGUCCCCCAAUCUGGGCAGGGCCUGCCUGGGGCUGGAGUCAUGCCCACAGUGGGUCAGCUUCGAGCACAGCUCCAAGGAGUUUUGGCCAAAAACCCACAGUUGCGGCACUUGAGUCCUCAGCAGCAGCAGCAGCUACAGGCACUCCUCAUGCAGCGGCAGCUACAGCAGAGUCAGGCAGUACGCCAGACCCCACCCUAUCAGGAUCCUGGGACCCAGCCCUCUUCCCUCCAGGGCCUCCUAGGCCGUCAACCCCAACUUGGGGGCUUCUCUGGAUCGCAGACAGGUCCCCUCCAGGAGUUAGGGGCAGGGCUUCGACCUCAGGGCCCAGCCCGGCUCCCUGCCCCACAAGGAGCCUUAUCAACUGGACCAGUCCUUGGUCCUGUCCAUCCCACACCCCCACCAUCCAGCCCACAAGAGCCAAAGAGACCUUCACAAUUACCAUCCCCCAGCUCCCAGCUCCCCUCUGAGGCCCAGCUUCCUCCUACCCAGCCAGGGACCCCAAAACCCCAGGGGCCACCCUUGGAGCUGCCUCCUGGGAGGGUCUCACCUGCUGCUGCCCAGCUUGCAGAGACCUUCUUUGGCAAGGGGCUGGGACCUUGGGAUCCCCCAGACAACCCAGCAGAAGCCCAGAAGCCGGAGCAGAGCAGCCUGGCACCUGGGCAUCUGGAGCAGGUGAAUGGACAGGCAGUGCCAGAGCCAUCCCAGCUCAGCAUCAAGCAGGAGCCUCGGGAAGAGCCGUGUGCCCUGGGAGCCCAGGUGGUGAAGAGGGAGGCCAAUGGGGAGCCAAUAGGGGCACCAGGUACCAGCAACCACCUUCUGCUGGCAGGCCCCCGCUCAGAGGCUGGGCAUCUGCUCUUGCAGAAGCUUCUACGGGCAAAGAAUGUGCAACUCAGCACUGGGCGGGGGCCUGAGGGUCUGCGAGCGGAGAUCAACGGGCACAUUGACAGCAAGUUGGCUGGGCUGGAGCAGAAACUACAGGGUACCCCGAGCAAUAAGGAGGAUACGGCAGCCAGGAAGCCUUUGACACCGAAGCCCAAGAGGGUACAGAAGGCAAGCGACAGGUUGGUGAGCUCCCGAAAGAAGCUGCGGAAGGAGGACGGGGUCAGGGCCAGCGAGGCCUUGCUGAAACAGCUAAAACAGGAGCUGUCCCUGCUGCCCCUAACGGAGCCUACCAUCACCGCCAAUUUUAGCCUCUUUGCUCCCUUUGGCAGUGGCUGCCCAAUCAAUGGACAGUGCCAGCUGAGGGGGGCCUUUGGAAGUGGGGUGCUGCCCACUGGCCCUGACUACUAUUCCCAGCUGCUUACCAAGAAUAACCUGAGUAACCCGCCGACACCACCCUCGUCGCUGCCCCCCACCCCACCCCCAUCGGUGCAGCAGAAGAUGGUGAAUGGUGUCACUCCAUCUGAAGAGCUGGGGGAGCACCCCAAGGACACUGCCUCUGCCCGGGAUACUGAAGGGACACUGAGGGAUGCUUCAGAGGUGAAGAGUCUAGACCUGCUGGCCGCUUUGCCUACACCCCCUCACAAUCAGACUGAGGAUGUCAGGAUGGAGAGUGAUGACGACAGUGAUUCUCCUGACAGCAUUGUGCCAGCUUCAUCCCCUGAGAGCAUCCUGGGGGAGGAAGCACCUCGUUUCCCUCAGCUGGGCUCAGGCCGAUGGGAGCAGGAAGACCGGGCGCUCUCUCCUGUCAUCCCCAUCAUUCCUCGGGCCAGCAUUCCAGUCUUCCCAGAUACGAAACCGUAUGGGGCCCUGGACCUGGAGGCCCCUGGAAAACUGCCUGCCACAGCUUGGGAAAAGGGCAAAGGAAGUGAGGUGUCAGUCAUGCUGACAGUCUCUGCUGCUGCAGCCAAGAACCUGAAUGGUGUGAUGGUGGCAGUGGCGGAGCUGCUAAGCAUGAAGAUUCCCAACUCCUAUGAGGUGCUGUUCCCAGAGAGUCCUGCCCGGGCAGGCAUUGAGCCUAAGAAGGGGGAAGCUGAGGGCCCUGGUGGGAAGGAAAAGGGUCUGGGAGGCAAGAACCCAGAAGCAGGCCCUGACUGGCUGAAGCAGUUUGAUGCAGUGUUGCCUGGCUAUACUCUCAAGAGCCAGCUAGACAUCUUGAGCCUCCUGAAACAGGAGAGCCCUGCCCCAGAGCCACCCACCCAACACAGCUACACCUACAAUGUCUCUAAUCUGGACGUUCGACAGCUCUCAGCCCCGCCUCCUGAAGAACCCUCCCCUCCCCCAUCCCCCUUGGCACCCUCUCCUGCCAGCCCCCCAGCUGAACCCCUGGUUGAACUCCCAGCUGAACCCUUAGUUGAGCCACCAGUCCCCUCACCUUUGCCUUUGGCCUCAUCCCCUGAGUCUGCCCGGCCCAAGCCCCGAGCCCGGCCCCCUGAGGAAGGUGAAGAUUCCCGGCCCCCUCGGCUCAAGAAGUGGAAAGGGGUGCGCUGGAAGCGGCUGCGGCUACUGCUGACCAUCCAAAAGGGCAGUGGGCAGCAGGAGGAUGAGCGGGAAGUGGCAGAGUUUAUGGAACAGUUUGGCACAGCCUUGCGACCUGACAAGGUGCCUCGGGACAUGCGGCGCUGCUGCUUCUGUCAUGAGGAGGGCGAUGGGGCCACUGAUGGGCCCGCGCGCUUGCUGAACCUGGACCUGGACCUGUGGGUGCACCUCAACUGUGCCCUGUGGUCCACGGAGGUCUAUGAGACCCAGGGCGGGGCACUGAUGAAUGUGGAGGUGGCCCUGCACCGAGGACUGCUAACCAAGUGCUCCUUGUGCCAGCGCACCGGUGCCACCAGCAGCUGCAAUCGUAUGCGUUGUCCCAACGUCUACCAUUUUGCCUGCGCCAUCCGCGCCAAGUGCAUGUUCUUUAAGGACAAGACCAUGCUGUGUCCAAUGCAUAAGAUCAAAGGGCCCUGUGAGCAAGAGCUGAGCUCUUUUGCUGUCUUCCGGCGGGUCUACAUUGAGCGGGAUGAGGUGAAGCAAAUCGCUAGCAUCAUCCAGCGGGGAGAGCGGCUGCACAUGUUCCGGGUGGGAGGCCUUGUGUUCCACGCCAUUGGACAGCUGCUUCCUCACCAGAUGGCCGACUUCCACAGUGCCACUGCCCUUUAUCCAGUGGGCUACGAGGCCACACGCAUCUACUGGAGCCUCCGCACCAACAACCGCCGCUGCUGCUAUCGCUGUUCUAUCGGUGAGAACAACGGGCGGCCAGAGUUCGUAAUCAAAGUCAUCGAGCAGGGCCUGGAGGACCUGGUUUUCAUCGACGCCUCUCCCCAGGCUGUGUGGAAUCGCAUCAUUGAACCUGUGGCUGCCAUGAGAAAAGAGGCUGACAUGCUGCGGCUCUUCCCUGAGUAUCUGAAAGGCGAGGAGCUCUUCGGGCUGACGGUGCACGCUGUGCUGCGCAUAGCUGAAUCACUGCCUGGAGUGGAGAGCUGUCAAAACUAUUUAUUUCGUUAUGGACGCCACCCCCUAAUGGAGCUACCACUCAUGAUCAACCCCACUGGUUGUGCCCGGUCAGAGCCUAAAAUCCUCACACACUACAAACGCGUUUUCACAUCCAUUAUCUCAUUUGAUCCUCACAACAACCUUAUGAGGCCCCACACCCUGAACAGCACCAGCAUGUCCAAGGCAUAUCAGAGCACCUUCACAGGCGAGACUAACACCCCGUACAGCAAGCAGUUUGUGCACUCCAAGUCAUCUCAGUACCGGCGGCUGCGCACUGAGUGGAAGAACAAUGUGUACCUGGCUCGCUCCCGCAUCCAGGGCCUGGGGCUCUAUGCAGCUAAGGACCUAGAAAAGCACACAAUGGUUAUUGAGUACAUUGGCACCAUCAUUCGCAAUGAGGUGGCCAACCGACGGGAGAAAAUCUAUGAGGAGCAGAAUCGAGGCAUCUACAUGUUCCGGAUAAACAACGAGCAUGUGAUUGAUGCUACAUUGACCGGAGGCCCUGCCAGGUACAUUAAUCAUUCCUGUGCCCCUAACUGUGUGGCGGAAGUUGUGACAUUUGACAAGGAGGAUAAAAUCAUCAUCAUCUCCAGCCGGCGAAUCCCCAAGGGAGAGGAGCUGACCUAUGACUAUCAGUUUGACUUUGAGGACGAUCAGCACAAGAUCCCCUGCCACUGUGGAGCCUGGAAUUGUCGGAAAUGGAUGAACUAAAAAGCUUUGAGGCUACCAGGCAGGGGAGUCCCUCCACCCCCAACCUCUUCCCUGAAAGGGAUGAGGGGGAAGAGAGGUAGCGGCCAGAGCCAGGACCCAGGGCUGGGGCUGCCGGCUGACCGGAGCCCCUGGAGCAGGAGGCUGGGGCAGAGGGCCCUAGGCCAAGCCCACCCUGGGCACCAGGGACAACCCUCUUCCCCGCCACCGGCCCCCAGGCUGGCAUCUCUGCCCCCAGCUCCAGGAGGGGCCAGACAGAAGCAGCCAUUGGGCAUCUCAGGUUUGAGGGGGAUAUGGGCCGGGAACUACCCAGAAGCAUCUGGGAGGCAGCAGGGAGGGGGGAGGAGGAUGUGUGGCCGGGCCUCACAGCCCUGCUGCUCCCACCGACCUCUCCGGCCCAACUCAAGGCUGCAAAGAGACUUGACUAAGCUUGACAAUCCCAAAGGCCGGGUCCCACACCUGGCCCUGCCUGCCGGGUCCUGCCCCCACCCUCACCCCCCAUCCCCCUUCCUUCUCAGUCUGUCUCUGUCUCCCUUUCUCCUCUGUGUUUCUGUCUCUCUAUGGGUUUUGUUUCCUUGUUUUCCACUCUGACAAAUGCAACAUGAACGGGAAAGAGGUGCCCAGCUGCCCAGGAGGGCAAGCCAGGCAAGCCGGGCAAGCCGGGCAAGGAGACCCCGCACCCACACCUACCUCAUUUAAGUGUUGGAUUUUUUGCUGUUUUGAAAUGUGAGACCCUCUCCAAGCCCCCUACUGCCCCAACCCUCUCCCCCACCUCACUGCCCUCUUCUGAGUGGGUGGAAGGGGGGUAGGAGGAGGAAGAAAAAACAACAACAAAAAAUCCAUCUUUGUUUUUAAUUCUGGGCAUGGGAUGGCGGUUGAGGCUAAUGAUGAUGAAGAUUGGGGAUGACUGGCCCCUAGUUGCUCUAGGACUUCCUUCUCCAUCUGGACAUGGGGGCAGGAGGGAUGUGCUAAACCUAGGACCAGGAUAUCACCCUCCUGUUUUCCCAACCCCAUCAUGAGCCCAUUUGCCCUCCAGCCCCUGGAUGGGGUGGGUGGGUGGUAGGGUGAGGGCUAUCCCUGAGUGGCAUGCCCAUACCCAGUGAGGCAGGGUGUGGCCCAGAGCUCCCACUUUUCCCUCAGUCACCAAACUGCUGCUGGUCUGGUGGGAAGGGGUGGUGAUGUGGGGGUGGGGAGCUUAGUGUCAGCGCGGGGAGGGUGGGGGGUAUUUAUCUAUUUAUACAUGGGAUUGUACAUAGUCUUGUGGGGCAUGGGGGAGCCGGCUGGAGGUGAGAACCCUCCCCUCUCCCCCAACCCCCGGGGAGAGCAAAUGUAAAACUACUAAUUUUUGUGCUUUAUAUAUUCUAUAUAAAUAUAUCUAUUUUCUUUUUACAAAACCAGUUUAUAAAUGGUAGGGGGGCGUGGGGCGGACACAUGGAGCUCCCCUUGUGGGGGGGCCCCCUCCAUUACCCAACCUACCGCCCUUUUCCUCACCCCCUCCUCCCCACCCCCUGGCUGUGACUGCUGUAAGGUGGGGGUAUAAGAGGCUGGGCAAUUCCCACCCCUAUUGUAUAGUUGGACUAUGUUAUAACGCACAAAAGUGAGCUGGCCCCAGGGGGAGCCAGAGGGUGAUGGGUUCCCUGCCUCCCUUUCCUUCCCCUUUCUGCCCAAGCUUGUGCUGCAGUUGAACCUCUUCCUGGGAUAGGGGUAGAUCAGGGGGUGGGUGAGGCCCCAGACCCCUGUGUGGUAGGGAGCCUUGGGGAUGAAGAUGAAGCUUAUAUGCAGUUCUCUCCUAGGGGCUGUGGGCAAAGGGCAUUUUGUAAUUAAUAUUUUCAAGAAUCAAAUGUCUGGAGUGUAAGGAUGGGCUUGGUGGUUGGUGGUGGAUGGGCGGGCCUGCUGGAGGGGGAGCACGGUCGCUGUUGUGAUUUUAGGUUUGUUUUUGUUUUGUUUUUGAAUUUGGGGGGUUGCGGAUUGAUGGGGGUAGGGAGAUUUUUUUUUAAGCUGCUUCCUCAACUGUUUCAAGCUGCAAAUGUUAAGAGAAUGACAUCCCUCCACCCUCACAGAAACCACUGUAAUUAAAUCAGACAGUGGGGAGACUGGGCUGCUGCCCCCAAAGCCAUUGGAUGUUCCUUUUCCAAGAGCAAAAGGUCUAGGCUACAGGGAGGGGGAGGUUGGCUCCUGUAAGUCAGGCUCUGGUUGGGGCCUGGGCCCUGGGACUGGGAAAAGGGGAGGGGGCAGACUUUGUAAGCAUAUGCUAGGUAUCCAAUAGUCCUGUAGAAUUUAGUGAAAAAACCUUAUACACUUUUUAAUUUUUAUAUAAACUAACUCAGACCCAAGCUACAAGGUUGGAAUUUUGGUUGUUGGUUUUUUUUUUUUUAAGUACCCCGCCUGUAUAAUUGCAUCAGAAUUCCCUCCUCCCUCCUCCCCCCCCAUGUUUGUAUUUUGGGUUGGUUUACACUUGCACAUAUUCAGUUUUCAGUUUUCCCCUUUACAGUCUUCUCCCCUCACCUCCAGGACCCUCCCCCUUUUUAAAAAAUAAAUCGCUGACAAGUGUGAAUCCCGUGAAGACUUUAUUUUGUGUUGUGUGUAUCCUGUACAGCAAGGUUGGUCCUUCGUAACAGCGGAUGAAAUGAUUCCCCUUUUUAAAGCGCCCUCUCUCCCUCCACCCCCAGCUCCCCUGUCCUUGGCAUGUUUUGUAUCAGCGAUCAUUCUGAACUGUACAUAAUUUAUGUUGCAAGAGGCAAAGGGCAAGUUUUGGAUUUUGCUUCUUCCAAGUUUGUUUUUAAACGACAAAUAAAAAAAGAACAUUUUAAAUAACAA